AUGGCAUUACCACCUUCAUCAUUAAACAACAAGUCGGGUCGAGUAUAUUCGGAAGCUAGAGUAUUUAAAGACGCUUGUGAGAAGAGACCUCAAGAAUAUUGGGAUUAUGAACAAGGUGUUACGAUAAAGUGGGGGACAAUUUCCGAUUAUGAAAUCAUAACAAAGAUUGGACGUGGUAAAUAUUCUGAAGUGUUUAGUGGUGAAUGUGUUAAUAAUGAAACUCCAUGUGUUAUUAAAGUGUUAAAACCUGUUAAGAUGAAGAAAAUUUAUCGUGAAUUGAAAAUAUUGACCAAUUUAACUGGAGGUCCCAAUGUUAUUGAAUUAUUAGAUAUUGUUCAAGAUCCAGGAUCAAAGAUUCCGGCAUUAAUUUUCGAAGAAGUAAAAAAUAUGGAUUUUAGACAAUUAUAUCCCACUUUCACAUUACCUGAUAUACAGUUCUAUUUUACACAAUUAUUAAUCGCUUUAAAUUAUUGUCAUUCCAUGGGUAUCAUGCAUAGAGAUGUUAAACCACAAAAUGUUAUGAUUGAUCCCAAGGAAAGAAAAUUAAGAUUAAUUGAUUGGGGGCUUGCUGAGUUUUACCACCCUGGUGUAGAUUAUAAUGUUCGUGUGGCAUCACGUUAUCAUAAGGGGCCUGAGUUAUUAGUGAAUUUAAAUCAGUAUGAUUACUCUUUGGAUCUUUGGUCUGUCGGUUGUAUGCUUGCAGCUAUUGUAUUUAAAAGAGAACCAUUUUUUAAAGGGUCAUCUAACCCUGAUCAAUUGGUAAGAAUUGCUGCUGUUUUAGGUACUAAGGAAUUAUUGGCAUAUUUGAAUAAAUAUGGAUUAAAAUUACCAAGUGAAUAUGAUACUAUAAUGAGAGAUUUCCCCAGAAGGCCAUGGGACCAUUUUGUCUCUGACGCCACCAAAUUGGCAGUUCCUGAAAUGGUUGAUUUAAUUGAUCAUUUACUAAGAUAUGAUCAUCAAGAGAGAUUAACAGCACAGGAGGCAAUGGACCAUGUAUUUUUCAAGACCAAGUUUGAAAGUUAG